UAGUUUAACUAUCAUGUCUAGCAAUGAACCAGUUUCAAGUGUUGAAUCUCGUUCUCGAUUAUUACUGUCUGGUGUUAAAGUGAAAAGGUUAGAGGUCUUUACAGCUCCGCAGCGCUAGCACGUGUGUGAUGAGAUUACAUAAAGGUAUUUGACAUGGCGGCCAUUUACUCUGGCAUUCAUCUGAAACUGAAAAACCCUCGCACACUCUGGCCAGACAAACUGAAACUUGCUCGAUUUGCAUGGAUAUCAACACAGUGCCUUCUUCCUAACAAAGAGCAGGUUCUGUUUGACUGGACAAGUCAUGUCCUCACUGGUUUUUACAAUAAGAAAAUAGAGGUGCCCCCGGAGGUGGUGGAGGGUUUAUGGACAUACCUUGAUGAUAUUCUUCACAGCAGGAAGCUUCAUAAUGUGCUGAGUCAGGGAAAAACCAUUAGCCUUCGUCUCACAGUAGCACAGAUGAUCAAUGACAGGAUUCUGGAAUAUUCUUCAGGACCCACAUCUGUCAGUUUCCACACUGUUCUGAGCUGUUGUCAUGGCAUCUUGACCUCCCCAGUGCUCUCUGUGGCCUACACUGCGAAGUACGAGUUAUUAGUGGAGCUCUUGACUCGACUCUGUGGCUUGUCCAGUAUGCAGCUCAGGCAGCAAAAAUAUGAGGAGCCUCUCUCGCUCAAAGUCUUUGAGGUUCUGCUAGUUGUUCUCAGCACCUACCUUACAGUGCAGAAACAACAAGCGAACUCCAACCGAGUGUUUUCCCAGGUAACGGCACACCUUCUUCAUCCGCUUCUCCUGCUCAGACACUUACUGAACACUAGAGUAUGGACUGAGAAGGAUGACAUCAAGAUUCGACAGAAUCUGAGCAAGGAAAUCCGGAACAGGGUGGACGCUGUCCUUCAGUCAGCGCUCUUCAUCCCUGAUCAUUUACAGUCCUUCAAGGAUGACGUUUUACCAUCAGAGGUUGAAUCUCGGGCCAAAAAGAGCCACACUGGAAAGGGCUUGCAAGGCCCAGUCAAUAUUAUCCUUUCGAAACUUUGCGUCCAAGGAGCUAACGAAGAGGAAGAGGCGUUAUUUUAUGCCGUUAAGUCAAACUCUCUUGCCCUGCUAUUUAAAUUCGCCCUAGAUUCAUUUUGCAAAGGGGGAGAGAACAAGCAAGUGAUCUUCCAUCUCAUGACUAAGCUCAUUGUUGCAUUGGGGUUCACAGAUGAACUGGAUAUUGAUGAGAAAUUUAGUGCAUCGAACUGGGGUAUUGCUUUACUCGCUCUUGAGAACCUCAUAAACACAGGUUUGGCUGGUGAUAUCUAUAAUGUGGCUGCAGACAGAAUAAAACACGGAGAGGUGCAAUUUAAUUUCUACAGGAAACUGGCUCGCCUAUUAUUUAACAAUACCCAGGUGGGCAUCCCAGCUUGGUACCGCUGUCUCAGAACUCUGCUUGCACUGAAUCACCAUAUCCUGGAGCCAGAUUUAGAUGAGCUCCUUUCGGGUGUGUGGGUUGAUGCAGACAACAUGGAACUGCGUGUUAGGAAAGCCAGAGAAGCACUCGUGUCUGCCGUCUUGCAAACCUAUGGCAAACUUCGACAGCUGCCUAAACUUAUCGAGGAGCUGCUUGAUGUAGUGUGUCGGCCUGCGGCGGAUGAAUUGAGACCAGCAUUGUUGCCUGAAACAAUACAAAAGACCCUGAGUCAGUGUUUGCUAGACAAUCCUCCGAGCCAAAAUCUUGAGAUCUGUUGGCUCAUUUUAAAUCGGAUGCAGUGCUAUCUGCUUCCCCACAUCCAAGAUGAAACAUUGGAUUUGGCGCUGAAAUUGUUUUCUGUGAGUUUGCUCCUCUACGCUGUACUCUUCAGUUUUAAGACCCUGGACAACAGCACCCCGGUGCCAAUCGUGAAGCAAACUCAGAAUGUGAUGACCGAGAUGCUGAAGGUUGUUGAAGACCUGUUGAAGCAGAACCUUGUCACUAAAGGUGUUUGGAGGGAAAAGGUCCAAGAUGUGACCCUUCUGCUUACUCAUACUUGGGUUGAGGUGGAUACUCUCUUUCAGAUACACUGUGCUAACAAGUACACAUCACCAGCUGCCUCACAGAGUGGCGCUUUAGUGGACAAAGCCCUGACGCUAAGGGACAUGGAUAGUCCACUUGGUAAAUUAUUAAAGAAACUGCUUCUACUCCACAAGCUGAAGAUACACUUGCUCAAAUCAUCCACUGUAACAUCAGAUGCAUCAACAAUGCAGAAAUUGGCCCAGUUUAUUCUAAACAGGCAAGAACUUUCAAUAAUGCUCGAUGGCGACCAGAUCUGGGACUUUCAGUUUUGCAGUGUUAACACCAACACUUAUAAGGCAGCUAACUGGUUUCUUGUAACCUCCAACCUUCCAUUAAUUGCCCCUUAUCUCGAACCAAAAGACACGUCUGAUUUUGCAGAAUGCAUGUUGAAGUCUUUGCUUAAGAGCUUGGAUGCCUCUGGAAGCAAUUUGGAGAACACUGGGCUCUCUGUCUCCUUAAUAUCCAGACAAUUACUCGAGAGUCCUGUUCUUUGUGAGCUCCCUGAGAUUUAUUCAGCAGUGAUGAAGUGCAUCAUCAAGGCAUUUUUUGGACCGCUCGACUCAGCGCACAUGCAGUUAAUCAGUCCUUCGUUUUUGUUGGAAACGCCUUGUGUGGAAAUGGUUGGUGUAGAAGAUGGAGAAACAGGCAUGACACCUUCUCUGAAUAGACUGAAGGCCAUUGGACAGGAGAUGUUAGACUCUGUCAAAAUGAGAUCUUCCAUACCUCUAUCUAAAGCACAGGUAGAUCGAUUACUGCAGCUACUCAAAAUCACAAGUGUCCUGAAUGGAUACGCAAUGUCCCCUGAAGACUAUUCAGAACUUUUUCUGUGCUUGUUCACACUGACGUCUUGUGUUCAGUGUGAUGAAAGCGUCAAUCUCUCUGCAUAUGUUGCAUUGCUCAAAGAGCUUUUCAGUCUCAUGGCUUCACUUCUGCUGGUUAAAAACUCUCAAACACUCCUGAAAGUUGUUCAUGGAAGCAAUCUCUUAGAUGCAACAAUGACAUCCCUAUUCUCUCGGAGCAGCAAGGGGCUCUUUAAAGGUGUGGAUGGCCCGACAUGGUUGUCUUUCCUUCAGUCAGUUCAAGACUUCAUUCAGUCCCUAAUUCAGCUCUUAAUCGACAGGAAGAGCAGCAUGAGCCUCAAUCUGGAGAAGUUUACCUCCUUCAUGGUUGAAAGUAACAUCGCCGCAGGAGUUCUGGCUGUAGACACAGGGGAUCUCUGCUUGCUACAGCUCCAUCUGGCAACUUUAAGCAUACUUUGCAAAGAAAUGAUCGCAACCCUCGGCAAGAACAAACAGCUGGAUCAGACUCUGACUCAUUUGUUAGAGAAGGCCACUUCUGUCAUGGAGCCAGCCAUUCUGGCUGUGCUGAUGGGCAAGGGAAGUAGUCUCCUCAGGCAGUCCUUCUCUGUUGAAGUGGUAACGGUCAUGAUCAGGAGUGAACUAGCAAGAGCCUCCAGCUCUGAGGACGACAGGCUGGAGAAAAUAUCCCGAAUGGCUUUCUACCGGAGCUUUUACCAGCAGAUCUUAAAGGAACUGUUCCCGUCACCUCGUCCUAUGGACUUCCUCAUUUCAUCAGUUAACUAUCUCUCUGCUUUUUACACGGCUGUGGACAAGACAAAAGCAGCAGAUCUUGAAGAAGUCCAUAUUGCGAUUUUGCAGAGUAUUCACGCACUGCUGUCAGGAACGUGGAUGUCGUUGUCAGACGUGAAGGAGCUGGAAGGGCCAGUAAAGGAGCUUCUUAAUCAGCUGGUGUCCAACUGUUCUCAAGAGCAGUUCCAUCUAUUACUGCUGAUGCUCAGAGAGGGGCUUGUGCCAGCAAAGAUUGAAGGAGGCCACUCAACUGAAGUUCUCUCUGCGGUGACUUUUAUAAAGCUGCUCUCCUGUUGUCUGUUUCCAGAGCAUUGCUCAAAGGCUUUUUGGCUUAUCACCCCACAAAUCAUAUCCACUCUCAUUUUUGUAAUAAAGGAGUCCAGCAAGUUCCCAUCUCUGACCCGUGCGCUGACGUUGCCAACUCUCGAGGCUUUGACCGUCCUGCUCUGGCAGGGUAAAGCACAGAUCUCCAAUCCACACCAUGUGAUUGUGGUUUUGGGUGCACUGCAGUUUGUGCCUCUUGACAGUCAUUCCAUGGAGGACUACCAUGCUGCUUUUGAGGCCAUCCAUGAAGCCCUGUUUGCAAUUAUCCACUGCUACCCUCAGGUGAUGCUGAAGGCUUCUCCAGCCUUCCUGAAUUGCUUUUAUCGCCUGGUUUCAUCAGUCAUGCAUGAAGGCAGACAGCGGGGCGACUCUGACAGAGCCUCGGAGAAAGACAGAGAAAGUCUUCUGAAGUGUGCUAGGCUGGUGGAGAGGAUGUACACUCAUAUUGCCAAUGCUGCUGAAAAUUUCACAGUCCUGUCCUCAUUCAUGGUUGCACAAUAUGUCAGUCAACUGCAGAGGGUGACGCUUCAGCCAGAAAUCAAGUCACAUCUAACAGAGGGCGUAUACUGUAUCCUGGACCACUGUGUUGAACAAGACAUCAAGUUUUUGAACACCACCCUUCAAAUGGGUGUCAAGGAAGUGUUCAAUGAACUGUACAAUAAUUAUACACUCUAUCACAAAACUCAAAGGCAAGGAGAAGAAAAGUACACCGUCUGACAAUUGCAUCCUCUGUCUUGAGUGAAUAAACCUGUAUUUUUUUUUACAUAUAAUUAAUGUUAUAGAUAAGUAUAUCUCUAGAAAUGUUUUACAUUUUCAUUAUUCAUUUACCCUCAUGUUGUUCCAAACCUGUAUGACUUUCUUCUGUGGAACACAAAAGAUAUCUUGAUUUAUUUGUCUAUAAAAUUGAAGUCAGUUCACUCCAUUGUUUAAUUCCCACAUUCUUCAAAAUACCUUUUUCUUGUGUGUGUUCUGCAGAAGAAAGAAAGUCAUACAGGUUUGAAACAACAUGAAGGUUAGUAAAUGAUGACAGAAUUGUAAUUUUUGGGUGAGCUAUCCCUUUAAAUGAGGGAAACACAGUCUGAAAUAAUUGCUAACACCUUGUAUUUUAUACUUCCUCGGUUUUUGUACAUGACAAACAUGACCUCUUUUUUUUUUUACGAGAACAGUACUUUUUUUCUGUGUAGUACUAGUGUUCUCAAGCAAACCCUAUUAUAUGGUUGAAGUUAAAGACCUAAAAGAGUUCAGAUGUUACAUGCUUAUCUGAAUUGACAACCUGAAGUCCUGAAACUAAUGUCUGACUCAUCAGCCAGAUUUGGUGAAAUUCUGUCUCAGGAUUAUGCUUCUGAACAAACCAAUUAACCUGAGGUUGCUGCAGGUGGACUCUAUGAAAUUAGUGUACUGUAAAAGUGUCUCCUGGAUGACAAAUAACCAAUUAAAGAUGUACCCCAAUAGA